AUAUUAAGAGCUCGCAAGGAACGCCUGCUACAAGUGGAUGGUUACGAAAACCGAACGAACUGCAUUCCUGUAUAUCCAAGUAUCCCUGAGCCCUGAUUCCAAUACUUCCAUUGGAGUCGGCCGAGAUGGCCUACGGUAGACUGGAUCGAGGGUAGAAUCAAAAUGGCGGACAUAGAAGAAGUUGAAGUUGGUUUUGAAUCGAAGAUUGAAGAAAUAAAAAGCUGGCUCAGAUCAGAUGGGUAUGAAAAAUAUAAAGAAGCCAGGCGACUCUCUGAGGAAGAUUCAAAACAUGACCCGGAAUCGGAGCCUUWCAAGUCCAAAUACGCUGCACGAGACAUCUUACUAGAGUUGAAAGGAAAACUUGAAGCAUUUGAGAGCGAAGACGAAGAAAGCACAGAAUUUUCACGGCUYCUCUCGUCUAUUUUAAGUUAUCAACUAGGAAUUAACUAUGCAGAUACGCAAGAAACUAGUGAAGGGGAGACCUAUUUUCGCCGGUGUCUCGAAUUGGUGGAAAACAAAGAUGACAACAUUGAUAUGAAAUCUGUUUCGUUGAGAUUACUCUGCCUCAAUCACCUUGGGAUUUUGUGGAGCCAAAGAGGCGAUGCUGACAAAGCUUUAGAGUUUCUAGAAAAGGGAGAGAUGUUGUACCACAAGUUCAAGAAAGAUGUUGGGGGUACACCGUACUCGAUACAUGAGCUUUUCUGCGCAGAUGAAAAUAGCUUAACAGAUGCAGACAGAGAAAAAGAAUUUGAAGCMGCCUUCACGCAUAGUCUUUACUACCUUGCACAGGUCCAUGGUGCCCUGGGGAACUCCAUUAAGAGUGGCGUGUAUUGUCAUACUACACUAAAGCUUCAGGCUCAAGCAACCAAGAAGAGAGYGAAGACAAAAACCCACUGCGGUUCACAUCUCUGGAAACAACUUGCUAUGAACAAUCAGUUCCUGAUCAAAUCAUCAAAAACUUUGACGAGGCUCGUUGUAUCUUCCGUGAAGCUCAAAAAUGGCUCAACCAAGCAAAAGAGUACUACAUCCUUGAUGGCCAUGUCAGCGACUAUGUUCAAAUUCAACAAGAUGUCAGUCAGCUCUUCAAAUAUGUUGCUUUCUUUGAAGAUGACAAGGAUCGYAAAUGUAAAAUGCAAAAGCGACGGGUGGACAUCCUCUCUGACAUUCUCUGUGAACUGAACCCUCAGCACUAUCUUCAAAUUUGUCGACAGCUUAUGUUUGAAUCAGCCGAGGCCCACAGUGAGAUGGUUGAUUUAAAGAUUGCUAUCAUGAAUGAAAACAGUGAUACUCCAGCUAGUUCUCAUGCCAUCAAGAAAGUUAACCAUCUUAUAAACCAAGCAAUAAAGUUCUUUCAAACUUUCAUAGACUCUAUGAAACACAAGGGWUCUCUUCCAGAGACUUAUGACMAUGACAUUGUGCGACCAGCCCUUGUCUCGCACUUUUGUAUUGCAAGAUUGUACUCUAAAUAUYUUGUUGCWGAGACUAAAGUUAAACUUGAAUACUUGAAGAAGAGUGUGGACUUGUAUAAUUAUAUUGUWAAUUAUUGUGACACUCAUCCAGAUAUGCCACAAGACGCCUUCCAGGAUGAGUUGCAGAUCUCACGGGACAUGGCUAUGCUACUUCCAAUCAAGAUGUCAAAGAUUAUGGCUUCUGGCCAAUAAGAUUGUUUGUUGUGAUCACAUGACCCCUGGCCAAUAAUAUGCUUUGUUGUGAUCAUAUGACCAGUCAGACCCUUCACAUCAUCAUUAGCCAAUAAGAUUCUUAGUUGUGAUUACAUAACUUGUGCCAAAUAAAAGAACUUGCUAGCAUUGUCUUCA